CGCUGCGCCUGUGUUUGGAGGCGGAUUCUGAGACUACAGACACAAACUGGCACCCAGCUGACAGACAGACCUCCUCUGGUGCUGCUGAGGGACAAAAUGUGGCUUCGAGAGGAGCUUUUGAAAUCCAUAUGGCACGCCUUCACAGCCCUGGAUGUGGAUCAACGUGGGAAAGUUUCCAAAUCUCAGUUAAAGGUGCUGUCCCACAACCUGUGCACAGUGAUGAAGAUUCCUCAUGACCCUGUGGCCCUUGAAGAACAUUUCAAAGAUGAUGAUAAAGGGCCUCUGUCCAACCAGGGCUACAUGCCUUACCUCAACAAGUUUAUUCUGGACAAGGUACAGGAGGAUUUUGAUGUGCUGGAGUUCAACAAGAUGUGCUGGACGCUGUGUUUCAGGAAAAAGAUCUGCACUAAACAUCUACUCAUCUCAGAUGACGAUGCUUUCAAAAUCUGGUGCAUUUUCAACUUCCUGUCAGAAGAGAAAUACCCACUCGUCAUUAUUACUGAGGAGAUCGAGUACUUCCUGCGAAAGCUGAUUGAGGCCAUGGGGAACGGAUGGAGCGAGGAGAAGUUUUCAAAUUACAAGCUGCAGCUGAACACAAAGAAGAACUGCCUGGAUGCCUGGGAGCUGAUUGAACUGGUGGGGAUGGGCUACUUCAGCAAGGGCAUGAACUGCCAGACCCUGUCCAUGGGGAUCAAUGAGGUCUUCCAAGAACUCAUACUGGAUGUGCUCAAGCAGGGAUACCUGAUGAAAAAGGGCCACAAGAGGAAGAACUGGACCGAGCGCUGGUUUGUCCUUCGACCCAACUCACUGUCAUACUACGUCAGUGAGGACCUUGUGGAGAAGAAAGGAGACAUCAACCUGGACCGAACCUGCUGUGUAGAGUCUGUGCCUGAUAAAGACGGGAAGAAAUGCCUGCUCAUCAUCAAGUGCACUGAUAAAAGCUUUGAGAUCAGCGCAUCAGAUAAAAAGAAGAAGCAGGAAUGGCUUCAAGCUAUUCAAACAUGCAUCCAGCUGCUGAGGUUGGGGCUGCCGUCUCCUCACCGUGAGGCCCGGCUGAGGCGCAGGGAGCUGCGGCAGAGGCAGCACUCGGAGGAGGAUGACCUGGCUGAGAAGAUGAAGCAACUCCAGAUGGCCAAUGAGACCAAACAGAAACAGCUGGAGAAUAUGAGGAAGAAAAUGGAAGAGGCCACGGCUAAAGCGGCAGACGAGGAGCUCAGGAGGAAGCAGACUCAGAUAGACCUGCAGGAUCGCUACAGACUGGACCUGGAGAGAGAGAAAAUGGUGCGUCAGCAGAUGGAGGAGCAGGUGGCUCAGAAGUCCAGUGAACUGGAGCAGUACCUGCAGCGCGUCCGGGAGCUGGAGGACAUGUACCACCGGCUGGAGGAGGCCUUGGAGGAUGAGAGGCAGGCCAAGCAGGAUGAGGAGGCCAUGCACAAGCUGCAGGCCAGUCUGCUGGAGGAGGAGGCAGCCAAAAGGGCAGAGCUGGAGCAGAUCCACCUGCAGCAGCAGAGGGCGCUGUCUCAGACCGAGGCUGAGAAGCAGGAGCUGGUGGCCGAGCAGCUGGCCAAGGAGAGAGACCUGCAGGCAGCCAUGCUGCAGCUGGAGAGGCUGGAGAGGGAGCGGCAGGGAGCGCUGGAGCAGUAUGAGAAGGUGACAGUGAAGCUUGAACGAGCAGCUAACAAGACCAAGACUUGGAAGGACAAGGUGGCCCAUCACGAGGGGCUGGUGCGUCUCAUCCAGCCAGGUCAUAAAGGACCUCAGAGGAUCACUAACUGGGGUCCUGCUUCAUUCACCGAUGUUGAGCUGGAGCUGAGGAAGAAGAUGUGGCAAGAGAGCAAGAACGAGGGAGCUCAGCAUCAGUGAACACUCACCACAGUAGAUGGAUCAAACACCGAUGAAGACGACUGUGAACAUUCACAUUCGAGGUCUGAUUAGGUUUGAUAACAUGAACGUGUGUCAGCUGCAGAGGAAACAGUUUUACUGAUUUGAUUUGGGGAACUUUAAAAAGAAAAGCUGGGAUUCAUUUUAUUUUAGUUUCUUCUGUAACAAAAAAUUCACACAUUGAAAGUUUUUUUUUUUUUUGAUGCAGGUAGAAGUACCCUGACAAAAUAAUCCUAAAACCAGUCCACUAACUAGCUUUUUCUGAGGCUUCUCAGCAAAUGUAGUUUGAUCAGUUGUCAUGGUGAUGGUGAUGAUGAGUCAUCUGCUGAUGAAGACCAUGAGAUGCGAUUGAAAGUGCCAGGAAAAAAAAAAAAAAAUUGUGGAGCUUGAGUUGAGAUUAAUUUAUGAUAAAUAUCAUUCUCACUCAGUUUUUUGUUUUCAGCUGAGUUUUCAUUUGUAAUUUUAGUCCUGUGUUGAAUGUUUUUGUGUUUUGACAUGAACUCGUCGUUUACUGACAUCCAGCAGAGUAUAACAGUAGAUUCAUUUUCCACUGUAGCUCGAUUUAUUAGCUAAAGCUUAGUGAAUUGCAUCUGUUACAGUCUUAACUGAGACAAUAAAAACAAAAAUAAAACGCCAUCUAUUUUCUAUGAAAGCA